GGCGAAUUGUUCUUCAAAACUUAAUCAGCGUCUCCAGUUGCUUAUAAGUAGUUCUUUCUAAGUUAUCUGGAAUUUUUUUUGCUUCAAUUUCUUUGUUCUACAAAUCUAUUUCUUUUGCUUCAGAGUUCUUCAAUCUCUGUUCACUCUCACUGCCCGUAUUCUCAGUUUUUUUAAAAGAUGGCCAAAAAGGAGCAUGAGGAAAAAAAACCUCUUCUUGAUGGUUCUGGUGCUCAACCAGCAAACUCGAAGGAAGAAUUCACAGCUACUGCUAUCCUCAGACGAAAGAAGAAACCUAAUGCUUUAAUCGUUGACGACGCUCUCAGUGAUGACAACUCCACUAUUUCAAUGAACGAAAAUACCAUGGAAACUUUAGAAUUAUUCAAAGGUGACACCAUACUUGUUAAAGGCAAGAAAAGAAAAGAUACUGUCUUAAUUGUCUUAGCCGACAACGACGUUGAGGAUGGAACCUGUAGAGUGAAUCGUGUCGUUAGAAAUAACUUGAGAAUUCGUCUUGGAGAUAUCGUAACUGUCUUUGCUUGCCCUGACGUUGAAUAUUCUACUAAAAUCUCGGUCUUGCCAAUUGCUGAUACUGUUGAAGGCUUAACUGGUUCAUUAUUCGAAACCUUCUUAAAACCUUACUUUGUGGAAGCAUACAGACCUGUCAGACUAAAUGAUCAUUUCAUUGUUAGAGCUGCAAUGAGACAAGUCGAAUUCAAAAUUGUCGCUAUUGAGCCAAAUGAAUACGGUAUUGUGUCCCAAGACACUAUUAUCCACUGUGAAGGCGAGCCAAUCAAUAGAGAAGAUGAAGAAAAUAACUUGAAUGAAGUUGGUUAUGAUGAUAUUGGUGGCUGUAGAAAACAAAUGGCCCAAAUUAGAGAAUUGGUUGAAUUGCCUUUACGUCAUCCUCAAUUAUUUCAAGCCAUUGGUAUAAAGCCUCCAAGAGGCGUCUUAAUGUAUGGUCCUCCAGGUACUGGUAAAACUCUUAUGGCAAGAGCUGUUGCCAAUGAAACCGGCGCUUUUUUCUUUUUAAUCAAUGGUCCUGAAAUCAUGUCCAAAAUGGCCGGUGAAUCCGAAUCUAACUUAAGAAAGGCCUUUGAAGAAGCUGAAAAAAAUGCUCCUGCAAUUAUAUUUAUUGAUGAAAUCGAUUCAAUUGCACCAAAGAGAGACAAGACUAAUGGUGAAGUUGAAAGAAGAGUUGUCUCUCAAUUAUUAACUCUUAUGGAUGGUAUGAAAGCAAGAUCGAAUGUCGUUGUUAUUGCUGCAACAAAUAGACCAAAUGCUAUCGAUCCUGCUUUAAGAAGAUUUGGUAGAUUUGAUCGUGAAGUUGAUAUCGGUAUUCCCGACGCCACUGGUCGUCUUGAAGUCUUGAAAAUUCAUACCAAAAACAUGAAAUUAGCUGAUGAUGUUGAUUUAGAAAUCAUUGCUUCUGAAACCCAUGGUUUUGUUGGUGCAGAUAUCGCCUCAUUAUGUUCUGAAGCUGCUAUGCAACAAAUCCGUGAAAAAAUGGAUCUUAUUGAUUUAGAUGAAGACACUAUUGAUGCUGAAGUUUUAGAUUCUCUUGGUGUCACAAUGGAAAACUUUAGAUUCGCUUUAGGCAAAUCUAAUCCAAGUGCUCUCAGAGAAACUGUUGUUGAAAGUACUAACGUCAAAUGGGAAGACAUCGGUGGUUUGGAUAAGAUUAAAGAUGAAUUAAAAGAAACCGUCGAAUAUCCUGUCUUACAUCCAGAUCAAUACACAAAGUUCGGUUUAUCUCCAACAAAGGGUGUUUUAUUCUAUGGUCCACCAGGUACUGGUAAAACCUUAUUGGCUAAAGCUGUUGCCACUGAAGUUUCUGCAAACUUCAUCUCAGUUAAAGGUCCAGAAUUAUUGUCCAUGUGGUUUGGUCAAUCCGAAUCCAAUAUUAGAGAUAUCUUCGAUAAAGCUCGUGCUGCUGCUCCAACUGUUGUUUUUUUAGAUGAAUUGGAUUCAAUUGCUAAAGCUCGUGGUGGAUCUGUAAGUGAUGCGGGUGGUGCUUCUGAUAGAGUCGUCAACCAAUUGUUAACUGAAAUGGAUGGUAUGAAUGCUAAAAAAAAUGUUUUUGUUAUUGGUGCUACUAACAGACCUGAUCAAAUCGAUCCAGCUUUAUUAAGACCUGGUCGUUUAGAUCAAUUAAUUUACGUUCCAUUACCUGAUGAACCUGCUCGUUUAUCUAUUUUGAAUGCUCAAUUGAGAAACACACCAUUAGAACCAGGCUUAGAUUUAGCUAAAGUUGCUAAAGCUACUCACGGUUUCUCAGGUGCUGAUUUAUCAUACAUUGUUCAGAGAGCUGCUAAAUUUGCUAUUAAAGAAAGUAUUGAAGAAAAUAUAAGAAAGGAAAAAGCUAAAGAAGAAAUAGCUAAAAUAAAGGCUGAAUAUGAAAAAGAAAACAAAAUAAAAACCGAGUUUGAAGAUGACGUUAAAAUGAAUGAAGAAGAGGAAGAAGAGGAAGAAGAAGAUCCAGUGCCAUAUAUCACUCAUUCUCAUUUCGAAGAAGCAAUGAAGACUGCUAAACGUUCCGUUUCAGAUGCCGAAUUACGUCGUUAUGAGGCUUACGCCCAACAAAUGUCUGCUUCAAGAGGCACAUUUUCCAACUUCAAAUUUGGUGAUGAACCUGCUGGCUUCAGUUCAUCGGGAAAUGGUAAUGCUGGAAAUGAUGAGGCUGAUGAUGAUGAUGAUCUCUACAGUUAGGCUUGUUGAUAUGGAAUUGUUUUAGAUAUUCAAAACUCAUUUAUUUUUUUUCAUUUCCUUUUAUUUUUAUAGUAGAUUUAAUAGUAUUACUGUGUCUUAUAUUUUUCAC